UUGAUUAAAAAUUAAAUUGUAUCUAACUAGGGGGACGUAUGUACUUUAUAUCCUCAAUACAAUCUAAUUACAAUGCAAAAAAAAAAAAUUAAAAAAAUUCUAAUGCAUUAUUUACAUCAAAAUACUAAAAAAUAUUCUAGAAAGUAUAAUUUCCUAAAGUGCUUCUAUCCUAGACAGCCUUUUUGAAAUUUCAAAUGAAACCAACUGCUGAUUAUAAUGUAUUAGAUUCUUAAAUUAGGUUUCAACAGUAUUAAUUACUCUUUAUAUUAAGAUACUCAAAAAAUUUAGAAACAAAAAUUGGUUGUGGAAUUGAGUUUGAGUUAUUUGUGUCCUUUGAUUGUAAGGAUUAUAAACUAACAUAUAAUAAUUACAUAAAUAAAAUUACAUGUGUAAAAUUUUUAUUAAAUAAAAAAUAUUUGUAAUUAUCAAAAAAACAGUUUUUGGGUACCUGAAACUCUUAUAAAUAGUGUCAUUCAUACUAGAGUAACCAGACCUUAGAUCAUCCCCAACAAACAGCCGCAGCAAAGAGAAAUGGAGAGCACCCUCUCCAAGUCUCCUCUUCACACACUUAGGUGUAUGCGUCGCACACCCUUCAACCGUUUGUUCGCCGGAGUUUAUACCACCGCCAUCUUUGCUCUACUCUACCACCAUGUACUCAUACUUCUCCAGUCCACCACCUUAGUCUCCUUCUUUAUAUCCACAUCCAUGUUAAUCUCUGAUAUUCUUCUGGGAUUCAUGUGGUCCACCACACAGUCCUUUCGCAUGCGCCCAAUCCUUCGCCAACAAUUCCCUGAAAACCUUGAGAAAGUCAUCGACCGGAAGGAUUUUCCGGCGAUGGACAUCUUUAUAUGCACUGCAGAUCCUUACAAAGAGCCGCCGAUGACCGUUGUGAACACGGCCUUAUCGGUGAUGGCUUAUGACUACCCACCGGAGAAGCUUUCGGUGUAUGUUUCAGACGAUGGAGGCUCGGAGUUCACUCUCUUUGCUUUUAUGGAGGCUGCAAAGUUUGGGAAGCACUGGUUACCCUACUGUCGGAACAAUAACAUCGUAGUGAGGUGUCCAGAUGCUUAUUUCAGAUCAAACUACCCUAGGAGUUCAGAGACACAGAAAAUCAAGAUGAUGUACGAAAGCAUGAAGAUAAGGGUAGAGACUGUGGUUGAGAGAGGUAAAGUCAGCGACGAGUAUGUCAGCAGUGAAGAAGAGCGUGAAGCUUUUAACAAAUGGACACAAGGGUUCACUCGUCAAGACCAUCCCUCCGUAAUCCAGGUUCUGUUAGAGAUGGGAAAAGACAGAGACAACACAGACAAAUCAAUGCCUAAUCUUAUAUACGUAUCGAGGCAGAAAAGCAAAGCCUCCCCACAUCAUUUUAAGGCUGGCGCCCUCAAUGCCCUGCUUCGAGUAUCUGCCAUCAUGACCAAUUCACCCAUCGUAUUGACUCUGGACUGUGACAUGUACUCCAAUGACACCCAAACACUUCACCGUGUGUUAUGUUACCUUACUGGUUCGCCAUGUCGGCCAAACUUAGGAUACAUUCAGUUUCCCCAACGCUUUCAUGGCCUGAAUGAAGCCGAUAUCUAUGCAUGCGAGUUCAAACGUUUGUUUCAAGUCAAUCCAGUUGGAAUGGAUGGGCUCUCCGGGCCUAGUUAUGUCGGAACAGGAUGCUUUUUCCGUCGUCGGGUUUUUUUUGGUGCUCCAUCGGCAUUUCUCCCACCUGAAUUUCCUGAACUGAGCCCGGAUAACGUUGUGGAGAAGCCCAUCAAGGCCCAACCAAUUUUGGCACUAGCCAAUCGUGUAGCUGGCUGCAAUUAUGAAAACCAAACCAAUUGGGGUUCCAAGAUGGGCUUCAAAUAUGGAUCCUUGGUGGAGGACUACAACACAGGUUAUCGACUGCAUUGUGAGGGUUGGAACUCAGUAUUUUGCCACCCUGAUCGGCCGGCAUUUUUGGGGGAUAUCCCGAUCUCCCUCAAUGAUGUGCUAAGCCAGACCAAGCGGUGGUCCGUUGGCCUUCUUGAGGUAGCCUUCUCCAAAUAUUGUCCUCUAACGUUUGGUGCCCGGGCCAUGGGCAAUAUAAGGGCUCUGUGUUUUGCACAUUAUGCCUUCUGGCCCAUAUGGUCUAUUCCAAUCUCCACUUAUGCAUUCCUCCCUCAGCUGGCUCUCCUCAAUAAUGUCUCGAUAUUUCCUGAGGUAUCUUCUGCACUUGUAGGAAAUAUUACCCACAUAUCCCCUAUACUAUACUACUCAUUUCACAAUGUCCCUUCACUUUAUUAGUUCAACAAUAAAUGUGCAAUACUCAGUACUAUGUGUACAAUUUUUUUUUUUAUGAUUUUAAUAAAGUAUCUUUCAGGUCUCGAAUCCUUGGUUUGUGUUGUACGUUUUUUUAUUUUUUGGGGCCUAUGCACAAGAUUACCUUGACUUCAUCUUAGCCGAUAGUACCAUCCAAAGGUGGUGGAGUGAUCAGAGGAUGUGGCUCAUAAGGGGACUCUCAUCUUACUUGUUUGGAUUAACUGAGUUUGUGACCAAAAACUUGGGUGUCGCCACACUUGGAUUCAAUGUCACCAGCAAAGUUGUUGACGAUGAGCAGAGCAAAAGGUAUGAUCAAGGAACCUUUGAGUUUGGUGUUCCGUCGCCCAUGUUUGUGCCUAUAGCAAUGGCAGCAACAAUCAAUUUGAUCGCGUUCCUCAGGGGACUACUUGAAAUUUACAUUGGUGGAAAUUUAGAUGGAUCAUUUGUGCAAAUGUUUGUAGCUGGUUUUGGGAUAGCGAAUUGCUUUCCAAUUUAUGAAGCCAUGGUCUGGAGGACUGACAAAGGAAGGAUGCCUAUUAAGAUCACCAUCAUUUCUAUAUUUCUAGCAUGGGCUCUUUACACCACAACUUCUCUCAUAUUGAAGAUAUGAAAGGGAUUUCACUGUUGGAGUUUUCAAGAUAUAUAGUAUCAUUGUUUAGAAUUUUUCACUUUCUGUGCUAUUAGGCUUACUUUGUAGUAUACAAUUUGUAAGGCAGGAAGUCUGGCCUAGAUGGUCAUCUGUCUAACAUGUGCUCAUUUAUCAAAAAUAUAGCAUCAUUUGGAAGCCGGGUUUUUUGUUGCAAAGGGAACUCGAAUACAAAACAUUCA